UGAGGCAGGGGCAGCGGUCCGCGGUCUCCGCCCGGCUUCUCGGCGGCGUUUUCGGGGCCCGGGGCGGUGGGGAGUCGUCUUGGAGUGGGAGCCGCCUGGCAGCGCCCCCUUCCCGUUUUUAUUUUCAUUUUUAUUGUUUUGCCAGCGGGCGGAGGCGCGAGCGGCGGGUGGGGAACCGUUUGGACUCGGGCCUGCGGCGCGGACGCCUCAUGGAGCCAGAGAAGGAGAAGACUGGGCGGCAGCCCAAGAAGGGCAGGAAGAGGAGGCGGGCCCCCAGCAAGCUGGUCGGGGCGGCCGAGGCCAUGAGAGCGGGAUGGGAAUUUGAGGAGAGGCAUCCCGAGGUCAAGAAAGCACGCUUAUCUACCAUUUUAUUUGCUGAAAACUGUGAAGUAACCCAUGCCCAGCUAUGUGAAUUGCUGAAGUAUGCAGUUCUGGGCAAGUCCAGCGUUCCUAAACCCAGCUGGUGCCAGCUUUUCCACCAAAACAACCUGAACAACGUGGUGGUUUUUGUACUGCAGGGGAUGAGUCAGCUCCACUUUUACAGGUUCUAUUUGGAGUUUGGGUUUCUCCGAAAGGCAUUCAGACACAAAUUCCGCCUGCCUUCCCCAUCAUCUGAUUUUCUAGCUGAUAUCGUUGGGCUGCAAAAGAAACGAACAACUGGGGAUCUGUCCAAGACAGUCGAAGGUUCUUUACCUUCUGCUGGUUCAAAAGUCAGCAUCAACCUUCAGAACGACCCCAUUAUUCAGAAGUACGGCUCUAAGAAAGUGGGCUUGACCAGAUGCCUUCUCACAAAGGAGGAAAUGAAAACAUUUCACUUUCCAUUACAAGGUUUUCCUGACUGUGAAAACUUUGUGCCUACUAAAUGUAAUGGUGCUGUAACAGACAACAGUCCUCUCUUUGGACUUGACUGUGAAAUGUGCCUCACAUCCAAGGGGAGAGAGCUGACGCGUAUCUCACUGGUUGCCGAAGGAGGCGGCUGUGUCAUGGAUGAGCUCGUUAAGCCUGACAACAAGAUUUUGGACUACCUCACCAGCUUCUCAGGAAUCACAAAGAAGAUUCUUGACCCGGUGGCAACAAAACUCAAAGACGUCCAGAGACAGUUGAAAGCGCUGCUUCCUCCCAGCGCUGUGUUGGUGGGACACUCCUUGGACGUGGAUCUCAAGGCACUGAAAAUGAUACAUCCAUAUGUUAUUGAUACAUCAUUGCUUUAUGUCAGAGAGCAGGGCAGAAGAUUUAAGCUAAAGUUCUUAGCCAAAGCUAUUUUGGGGAAGGAUAUACAAAAUCCAGAUAAGCUUGGUCAUGAUGCUAAAGAAGACGCCAGAACAACCCUUGAAUUGGCUCGGUAUUUUCUUAAAUACGGCCCAAAGAAGAUUGCAGAACUAAAUCUCGAAGCUCUAGCUAGUCAACAGGAACUGCAAGGAGCAGACCAGGAGCCAAGCAAUGCAACAGAGGUAGCUCAGCAGCCAAAUAAAAGUGUUUUGGAAUGCUUGGACUCAGUGGGUCAGAAGCUCCUUUUCUUGACCCGGGAUGCAGAUACUAGCGAACUUUCUUCUACCAAAAACUGUCAGACUAUUAAGUGCCUUUCAAAUAAAGAGGUGCUCGAGCAGGCCAGAGUGGAGAUCCCCCUGUUCCCCUUCACUGUGGUCCAGCUGUCUUUUGAAAUGCUUUCCCCUGCCCUCACGGAGGAGAUGAACAAACGGAUGAGGAUCAAGUGGACGGAGAUAUCCACAGUCUAUGCCGGGCCGUUUAGCAAACACUGUGACCUCGGGGCUCUGCGGAGGCUGUUCAAGAGCUUCGGCCCAGUCCGCUCAAUGAGCCUCGUUCUGGAAACCCACCAGCCACACUUCUGCGUGCAGUACGAAGUCCUGGAAGCCGCCCAGUUGGCCAUAGAGUCUUUGGAUGGCACCGUGGUGGAGGACACCUGCAUCAAGGUUCAGAGGCCAGUGACAGAGCUCACCCUUGACUGCGACACCCUCGUGAAUGAGCUGCAACGAGACUCUGAGAACCGAGGCACUAUAUACCUGGCUGGAGUGAGCAGAACCUUCAAAGAACAACUGUUGCAGCAGUCCAGCCUCUUCUUGGGCCUGGAAGCUGUCAUCUUACCUAAAGAUCUUAGAAGUGGAAAACAGAAGAAAUACUGUUUCCUGAAAUUCAAAAGCUUUAGCAGCGCCCAGAGGGCCCUCAGCAUUCUCAAAGGCAAGGACUGGAAGCUGAAAGGCAGGCACGCCCUCACCCCCAGGCACCUCCACACGUGGCUGCGGGGCACCCCUCCCGAAUCGAGAAGGGCCCCGGGGCUCCGCGUGGUGCCGCCGCCCUCGGAGCAGCAGGCCUUGCAGGCCCUGAAGGUGGACCACCCGAAGAUAGCAGCCUGGCACUGGGGCCGGAAGAUAGGGAAGCUCUACUACAGCCUGUGCCCGGGCACCCUCUGCCUCAUCCUGCUGCCAGGGACCAAGAGCACCCACGGAUCGCUCCCCGGCCUGGGACUGAUGGGAAUAAAAAACGAAGAGGACAACAUCACCCCGAAUUUCUGUUCGUGAGUCUGCCCACCACCUUCCAGGUACCAGCGUGUCCUUCGUGGGCAGUGGCAGAGUGAGGUCAGGCUGCCGCCUCUCCAUCCAGCAGACAGCUUUGGGAAACAGUGUACCAGCUGGAGAGUCUAGUUCGUUUAUAUGGCAUGAAGUUUUCAAUAAAUGCCUAAAAUUUAAACAUU